AUGGGUCGCCCACCUCGCUGUGCUGUCUUCUGUACUGCAGACAUCCCAGCCUCAGAGCUAGACACUCUGCUGAUCAUUAGUGAGGAGCACAAACUGGGUAACCGAGAAUCUUUUCAAAGCUCCGACUUCAUCAUCUCCGAUUGGAUGGUGAUCAUGACCUCUGAGAACGUAUCUGAAAUACCUCAUGUGUUGACCCAACCAGUCCAACCUUUCCGAUCUCCAUUCCUCGGGAAAAGCAUCGAGGAGGUUGCUGCGUGGUACGACACCAACAUAAUCCAACCCAAGGUUCCCGGGUUCUAUUCUGGAGCAUUUAUUGUAAUGGAUGAAGAAGCGCUUCAGGAGCAAAUAUGCACCGUCGUCCAUAUGAAGAAAGGCCUCAAUAAUAUCGAGCUGUUGGGUUGUGAAUGGAUUCUUGCGCUACAGAUGGCCAGCAUUCUCGAUUUAAACCACGCGUUCGAGGAUACAAUCCAAAAGUACAUCAGGAAGGGGGUCAUCAUGACUCUAGAAAAUUUGGAGCUAGCCAUGAGCGCAGGACGAUAUCUGGAAGGAAUGGAAGUCAAAAUAGAUGAGAUUUUAGACACUCUGCUAAAUGUUAGCCAGGAGUACCUGGAGUCCAACUCUGAUGUCACCGAGAGGAUGGUUCUAAUGACCUCGGAGAAUAUUUUGGAAAUUCCUCAACUUUUGACCCGACCCGUUCAACCUUUUGAUACGCCGUUUGUUGGAAAAACACCCCAAGACAUCGCCACUUGGUACCACGCAAACAUCAUAUUGCCGAAUACCGCUGGGUUCUUUAAGGGAUCAUUCAUAGUCCUUGACGAAGAAGCGCUUGGAGAACAAAUAUGCACCGUUGUGAACAUGAAGAAAGGGCCGGAUAACAUCGACAUCUUACGCUGCGAGUUUAUUCUUGGACUGGAUAUGGCGGUCAUCCUUGAUUUGGAUCACGCAUUUGAAGAAGUGAUCGAAAAGUAUAUGAGGCUUGAUAUACUGAUGACGAAGGCAAAUCUCAGGCUCGCUAUGAAUGGGGUAUUGAGCAAACUCGUCAUAUCCACAAACUCAUCGUAUCCACAAACUGAAAUGGAUACUGGUGAAUACUUUCCCCCAAGUCUUGAACGUAAGACUAGGGAUCAUUUCCUCAUUGUCAACACGCCAUAUGCAGGGAUUUCUGCGGAUAAUUUGAUAAGUCUUUUAUUCUCCAUCACCGUGGUGUUCGUGUCAUUUUUGAAUAUCGCUUACUGGGGCGUGUUGGUCAAACACAGAAUCAUUCGUCAUCCCACCUCGCCGUCAAUGGGUCACCCAACGCCUCGCUGCCCCAUCUUCUGCACUGCAGAUAUUCCAACCUCAGAACUAGACAUUUUUUUAAAUAUUACCGAGGAAUACAAGUUCGGUACCCCGCAAAUCUUUCAAGGCAGCGGUUUUGACAUCUCCAAUUGGAUGGUGAUAAUGACCUCGGAAGACGUAUCUGAAAUUCCUCGUUCGUUGACUCAACCGGUUCAGCCUUUCCUAUCGCCAUUCCUUGGAAAGAGUAUCGAGGAGAUUGCUGCAUGGUACGAUGCCAAUAUUAUCCAACCAAACGUUCCCGGAUUCUAUCCUGGAGCGUUUAUUGUGAUGGAUGAAGAUGCCCUCCAGCAGCAAAUAUGUGCUGUCGUCAAUAUGAAGAAUGGCCCUAACGAUAUUGACAUUUUGGGAUGCGAAUGGAUCCUUGCGUUAAAAAUGGCGAGCAUUGUCAACCUGGAUCAUGCGUUCGAGUCAGUCAUCGAAAAGUACACGAGGAAUGGAAUCCUCAUGACGUUAGACAAUUUGAAGCUGGCCAUGAGUUCAGGACGGUACCUGGAAGGGAUGGAGGUCAAAAUAAACGAGGAGUGGAAAGACUUCAGCAAAUGGUGA